UCUGUUGCAGGUGCUCCUACUCAUGGUGGUCCAUUACUGGCUUCUCUAGGGAUUCCCACCAGACCAAUACAGACACACUUGGACAUUAAGCAUCUUCUUACAUUCAGGAUCAAUGGAGUCUCUCCGCUUAGCCUCUUUCCUAACUUUAAUGCAAUGGAUCCGGUGCAGAAAGCAGUUAUUAAUCAUACUUUUGGUGGGCCCUCUCCUCCAAGAAGGAAGCCUUUUAUAUCCUGCAAUGUCUGUCAUCUCAGGUUCAACUCCCUGAACCAGGCUGAAGCUCAUUAUAAGGGUCACAAGCAUGCACGGAAGCUCAGAGCCCUGGAGAGCGCACGGCACAAACAGAAGCAGAAUGGAAGUCGAGAAAGAGCAUUAGCGCCCCCACUGGACACCAAAAGAAGCUCAGACUCUCAUAGUGAAAGAACAAAUGCACGGGCUGAAAUUACCAGGCUCAGCGAACUGGACAUGGAGCCAAGUCACUGCAGUCCAACGCCUGAACCUCGGACCAUUGAUCAGGAGGAGGAAUGUACCUCUCCAGAGACCUUAGACAGCAAUGCUGAGUUAAUGGAUACUGGCUCACUGGCUCCAGAGGAACCAUAUAGUCCACAGAAGGCCUGUGAAGAAAACUGUGUUUCCACUCAGGACAGUGAGAAAGAAAGAAAGAAUAGAGAGCACUUAUACUGUGCCACCUGCAAGGUUACUGUGAACUCAGCCUCUCAACUGGAGGCUCAUAGUGCCGGUGCAAAGCAUAAAUCCAUCUUGGAAGGACAAAGCACUCACCCAAGGAGGAGCAGGGGCAAAGCGCUGAGCCGUGCAACCCGAAAACCUAAGAGAAUUGGCAACAAGAGCAGCAUUGGUAUCCAGAACAAAGCCUUCAACUGCCCCGUGUGUGAGAUCCAUGUUAACUCUGAAACCCAGCUCAAACAGCACAUGAACAGCAGAAGACACAAAGACAGAUUGGCUGGAAAACCUCCAAAGCCCAAAUACAGUCCUUUCAGCAAGCUGCAGAAGAACGCUGCUUUAGCGGUGAGUGUAUACCAAACCAGACUGGCUCUACAUAAACAUCUGACUAAGACUUUGGCUGCUCGCUUUCUUCCGAGUCCUCUGACGCCGACGGCGGUCUGCACUCUACCUAGUCCUCUUGCUCUGCGUCCUACCACAGCUGCUGCCCUAUUCCAGACCCCUCUCCUGGGACCAGCUCUUUUCCGGAGUCCAGCAGCUGCUAUUCGGCCUUCUCCAGCACCCAUAAUGUUUGCUCCAUACUAG